AUGUUAAAAAAUUGGAAUAUUAAGAAAGAACAAAUUAUAACUCUGAUAACAGACAACGGGGCGAACAUGAUUGCUGCCGUUAACAAAGUGUUGGGUAAAAAUAAGCACACGCCAUGUUUUGCCCACACUAUCAAUCUAGAUUCAGAAGCUGUAAUAAAACAUCCAAGUAUUGAGCCACUGAUAUCAAAAGUACGGAAUGUUGUUCUAUGGGUAAAGAGAAGUGUAAUUAUAAGUGACAUGUUAAGAAAAGUUCAAAUAGACAAAGGAGUAGCUGAAGGUUGUGUGAAAAAAAUGAUACUAGAUGUAAAGACAAGGUGGAACUCAACAUACUACAUGAUAGAACGUUUUCUUGAAAUGGUAAAUUUAAUUAGUCCACUUACAUUGCAGCAUAUUUCAUCGCCAUAUAUGCCAACAGCCAUCGAAAUAAACACUCUAAAGCAGUUUAAAGAACUAUUAAAACCAUUAGAAUUUGUCACCAGAGAAUCUUCUGGUGACAAAUAUGUCACUAUAUCAAAAAUCAUUCCUAUGGCUAACUGCUUAAUGGCUCAGGUAAACCUAUUGAAACCUAGCGAGGUUAUUAUUCAAGACGUUCAUGACAAAUUACAAGCGGAAUUAACAAAACGUUUUGGUCAAAUUCAGUAUGUUACACCAAUUGCCAUCUCAACUCUUUUAGAUCCAAGAUUUAAGAACUUACAUUUUAAUGACCCCAAUGCUUGCUCUCGUGCAAUGUCUGCGUUGAGAGACCUUACUCGGAUCGAUACUUCGUCAAGUGAGUCAGAAGGAGAAGCUCCACCUGAAAGUACUUAUGACUUUUGGGCCAUUCACAAAGAGUUAGUCCAAAGUCAGGGUCAUAAAAAGAAAAAAACAAGCCAUGGUAAUGCAGGUGAUGAGUUGUCCCUAUACCUAGCCAACCCAGUGAUGCCUUUAAAUUCAAAUCCCUUAGAACAAUGGGAAGAUAUGAAGAACAUAUUUCCAUUGCUGUACAAACAAGCUAGAAUUCAUUUCUAA